AUGUCCCUCGUGUUGAAUUGCGAUUGCGAAAAACAUGUGAUCAAAAAAUCCUUCGACAUAGAAGCUUCGAAUUAUUUGACUUUUGAACAACUUCUCAAAAACUUUGGUUUGGAUUUUACGCAGUCAUCAGAAAACUUUAACGCCGACUUUGAAACUUUUACAGUGAACAAAAGGCUAAAAAAGCAAAAACCGAAACAAACCGAUCAAAGAGUCGCGAUCUUCAUUUUUAUCACGAUAUUUUUUUCAGCAGGCUCGUUUCUGGGUGAGGUAGAGCUGCUGUCAGCUACGUCUUUUUUCAGCGGGUUUUUCGCAACAGACGGUUUUUAUUAA